CUUGUUUAUUUGUUUGGACAAGGCAUUAAAUCAGUAAUUUUCAGAAAUAAACAGAUCAUCUGCUGUAUAUAAAGAGAAUGGAUUUCAGAAAUAAUGAAGACCAUGAAAAUUAACAAGAUAGUUUUUACUGCAGCUUGCAUUGCUUCAGGCGUGUAUGCUAGCAUGGAUGAUAUCUCUACAGACUACUCAAGCACACAACAACCAACCAUUUCUUUAUGCGAAAUUAUAAAAGAGACUCCCCAAACUAUUGCAUCUAAUAAACCAAAAAGGCGCGUCGAAAAAAUAAAUAGUCCUUUCCAAUCAUUACUUAAAAAGAACGAUAACUUCUCUAAAACAACACUUCUAAAGAGUGUAUCCAGCUCGAUUAAUGACUGUAUGGGCUUAAUUAAAAAGUUUAUCAGAAAAAACAAAGUGUAUGUACUACAGGAGCAUUAUGUAGAUGAAAAAGUCAAUGAAAAAGAAGACCUUCUUUCUCUGGCUAUAUAUCUCAACACCACCCAGAUGCUUGCUGUGAGCUCAGAAAGCAAGAAUGCUCUAAUGAAUGCAAUAUUAGAUUUUGACUACAAUAGAAUUGGCAAGGAGCUCAGAAACAUAUACAUCUCUCUGGUGAACAGUAAUAACUACAAUAUAAAAUUUGUUUCCAGCCAGAAUUCUGGUAAAAAUACCUCAAAUUCCAUCUAUGCAUCUCCCUUCUUCCGAAUUUCCACAAAUUACAUGAGCAAACCUCAGAUUGGUCGAAUUGAGUGUAUUAAGAAGGACGAGAAGGUUAUUAAGAAGGCAUUAGAUUUCAUAAAUAUGAAGAAGAAGCUUUCCGACAAAAACCUAUUCACUGAAAUAUUCACGGAAGAAAAAAAUGUAUCUGAAAAAACCACCGCCAAAUCUGAGAUAAAGCAUAUAUACUCAGCAUACACUUUUUUCUCUACAGUAAUUCAGAAAACUCUAACCAGAAAAGAAAAAAGUCAGUCAGCAUCUAUAAAGAAAAAAGAAAAAUCUUCUAAAUUAUACACUAUUUGCAAGCGUGUGGAAGAAAAUUCAUGCACAUUCAGUGAGUGGCAGAAGACCUUUGACAAAUCUGAGGAGAUUGUAGAAAGCAAAAAUAUUGGAAAAUACAGGCCACUUUUAGAGGUGCCCUGGGCAUACUUGGAUGCAAGAAUAUUUGCUAACACAGACCUUAGCUUUGACUUAGCUGUAGUAAUUAAGAUUGUAAACAGUAUUUUAAAGUUUGAAUCAGAAACCAAUCAAGAUUGCUUCUUCUGCGCUGAGUUUAAAAAACUCUCUCCUGUUUUCCACACAUACAUUUCUUUCUUAAAGAGUAUAAUUAGCACACACGUAUCUCAGUUAGAAAUGAAUAAUAAAAGCGCCAUUUGGAUCAAGGCUAGAAUCUACAACAUAGUAAUUCGCUACAUUAAAAAAGAACUGACCCCCUCUCUUAUUAGGUACACUCUUGAACAAAUUGUGUGUGAUAUUCUUUUACAUAUAGAAGAGUGCAAUAUAAUCAGUAAGUCAGAAAUCGUUGAUUUUAUACUAAAGACAGCACAGAAUGCCUGCCCAGAGGUAAAACUGGUUUCAGAGGAUAAAAAAAAGUUUACCAAAGCAGGCCAUGCACAAUUCCUAUGUUGCUGCAUCAUUUAUAUACUUCAAAAUAGGCAUAAUUACAUAUAA